AUGCCGACCGUGUUCCCGCCUCCUCCUUUGCUGAAGCGGAUUCAGUUCUUCCUAAACCUCCUGUGGAUGAAUAACUUCGUGCGCUUCUACCUCUUCGUCCGUCGUCUCUAUCGCGUCGGAUAUUACAAAGAUGCUCCGACUUUCACAUUGGCCGUCCCUCAACACAAGCUUCCUUCAUACUGGGUUCCAUCUACUGCUGAAGUCUACCUUCCAAAGUCUUAUCCAACUUCUACUUCUUCGUCUACAAUCCUAGCUCCCACGAAUCGAUUUCCUCUAUUUUUCACUAUUCACGGUGGCGGAUUUAAUGUCGGCCACCCAGUCCUAGACUCUGAAUUCAACCGCUACAUCUCCGACGCAGCGUCUUGUAUCGUCGUUGCUUUGGCAUACCGGAAAACGCCAUACAGUCGCUGGCCAAUUCAAGUCCAGGAUCUUACAGCACUCGUUGUUGAGUUACUUAAAGAUGAACGAAUCUCACAUAUCUACGAUCCUUCCAAGGUCGCUGUUGGUGGCUUCAGCGCUGGUGGGAACCUCUCCACAGCUUUAUCAAUCCAGCCAGAACUUAAGGGAAAGAUUCAAACCGUUGUCCCAGUCUACCCGGUACUCGAUUUCACCAUGACUACGCAGGAGAAGCUCGCACUUCGCCCCAAAGAUGCUCCACCAGACGUCCUCCGUAAUAUGGGAGACUUCUUUAGUUUUGGCUACGUUCCCCGGGGUACCGACCGAGAAAACCCAAGCCUAAGUCCGUUGUUCGCCAAAGCUGAGGACUUGCCGGAGAAUAUCUACUUGGUAGGAUGCGAAUACGAUAUGUUGAACAUCGAUUCUAGAAAGUUUUAUGAGAAGUUCGGAAAGGUCAAGAAGAAUUUGGUGUUUGAUGAGGUUAAGGGUGUAAGGCAUGGGUUUACGCACCAGAGCGUGGAGAGGAUGGAUUCAAAGGCGAAUGAGAGGCUCAGCAAGAUUACAUUCGAGCUCUAUGACCGAAUUGCGGUGUGGUUGACGGAUUUGUGGACUGAAAAGAAGGUAAUUUAUGCCCCGUUCGAGGAGACGGGGAAUGGUGAACUAGAAGACGAUAUCGUAAUACUUUAA